AUGACGCAUGCGGGUGUGGUUCAUAAAGGUGACAACUCUAGAGCAGACUCGCAGAAUAGAAGAUCAGGAGCUGCGGGUGUAACGUAUGAAUACCCAGCUGCGGUCACGACAGGAUCGGGACGCAAUCGGUGGCGGCAGGAAAACAAACAACUUCCGGAUACAAGCGUCGCGUCUAGCAACGCAACGCCCCACAGCUGGCAUUCAGGCGAUCACAGGUCCCAUCCCAGGCGCGUCGGCGGUCCCCUAGCGCCGCCAACCCGACCUCCGCCUGACCUGGGUCCCCCUGGAGUCGCGAAUGCGCCGAAGCAGCCUGGGAUUCCGGCCCGACGGCAACGCAGUCCAACGGCAAAUCGGAAACAGGAGCCAGGGGGAGGGGGCGGGGGAGGGGCCUCAGAGGUGUCACCAGUGGACUGCUCGGCAGCCACUGCGGCAGGAGACGUGGCAGCUGACGGGGUCGCGGUUCGGGUCGCUACCGGGACAGCGGCCAGCGGCACGGCAUCCAUUGCGAACGUCGGACGGCGGACAGAUGAACCAUCGUUAUGGCCAACGACGCCGCCAUCAGGGUUGACCUCGGUGUCGGCGUCAACGUUGACGCCAACACCAGCUUCGGGUCAUGCUCCAACAGCCCGCGAAUCUAAGCUCGGCGGCGGCGGUGAGGAGCGGCGGCAGUCGCCGCCGCAGCUGUUGGAGACGACGUCGACAUCGGAAGCCGCACCAGCGGAGAGUGACAGCGGCGCUAGCGUCGUACGACGCGGCGGUCCGCACAAGGCGUCGCCGGUGCGACGCCUCCUGCGCCAGACCGGACGCAGCGGCGGCCGGCGGGGUGCCGACGGCUCGGGGUUAAACCCCCAAGCACAUCCCCCCGCAUCCCCCAUGCACCCGUACUUGCUGACCGGCAUCCUCCGCACUGCCUCGUCCGUACCGAAGCUGAAAAAGUACGUCACCCGGUACGGCAGCCAGUUCAACAACCUCCAUAUCUGCUGCUGCCUCAAUCGCUUAGCCAAGGCGCCCGACGCUCGCGCGGCGACACAGCGGGAGACAGUACGGCAACUACUGGACGAGCUGGGCGACAUGCUGGUACGGCACAUGCCGUACUGUGACGCGCGGGAGCUGUGCAAUGUGCUGUGGGUGUGGGGCAAGCUUGGGCACACGCCACGGCCUGAGAUUUGGGAGGCGAUGCGUGUUGCUCUGUUCGGCAUCGAUCCUGCGGCAGCGCCGCCGGCGUCCGUAACGGCAGCGUCGCCGGUGGCUGGCAAGCUGGAGCUAGCGGCGCCGCAGGGCCUGGUGAAUGCGGCCUGGGCGCUGGCACGUCUGGAGUGCUCCGACCCGUGGGUUUGGAGGCGCCUGGCGGAGUGCUCGCUGACAAAGCUGCAUGCGUUCGUACCGUACGACAUUUCCAACCUGUCGUACGCGCUCGUCGUUGCGCGCCAGCACCGUGCGCACCCCGCGCACGAGGCGGUGAUGCGCGCGCUGGCGGUGGCGGCGGAGGCGCGGCUGUCGGAGUUUUGUCCGCAGGACAUCUCCAACAUGCUGUGGGCCUACGCCCGGUGUGGAAUGGCUCAGCCGGCGUUGUUCUCCGCGGCGGCCUCGAUUGCCAGGAUGAUGGCGGCAGAUUUCAGCCAGGCGGGCUUGGUGCAAGUGAUAUGGGCCUACGCCGCAAUGCGAGUGUACGACGCGCCGCUGCUGGCGCCAUCACCUCUGGGUGGGAUCGGCGGGUACGACAGCUUUGCGCUCGGUGAUGAUGACACGUCUUUUUCGUCGUCGCCGUCCUCUGCGGAUAUCAGCAUGGGUACCUUAGCACGGGCUUACGUAAAUGACUUAGCCACCAGCGGCGGAGUCAGCCGUAGCGGCGGCAGUAGCGGCGCGACCGCCGCACUGACGCCUGACUGGGCGAUGGACCUGCUAACGGAUGAUGACGGCACAGGGUACGGCACCGUUGGGUACGACAGCUUUACCGACUCGGCGGCAGGCCGCGAGCGCGUUAAUGCCGCCGACGUCACAGCAACGGCAGUCAACCUGGCGCAGUCGCAGGUGGAGGCAUUUGCAGCGGCGGCGGAGGCGGCUCAGGUCAUACUCGCGGAGAUGCCGCCGCAGCUACUGCCGGCGCUGUGCGAAUCCCUUAGACCGCGAAUCGACACGCUCGACAGCGGCUCACUGGCUGUACUAGUGUGGGCCCUUGCGACAUUGGGCCACGCCGACACGGAGCUCUUUCACGCCGCCGCCGCCGCGCUGACGCCGCGACUGCGCCGCGGCGAGGUCGCGACACCCUUUCUGGCGCACACCGCCUGGGCAUUCACGGUGGCCGGAGUGUAUGACAGCGAUUUAUAUGACGCGCUGGCGGCGUCAGCGUCGGCUCUAUGCGCCGCCGGGCUGGUACCAGCAACGUCCCUGGCGCUGGGUAACGUGCUGUGGGCGCUGGGGAGCGCCGGGCAUUACGAUGCGGAGCUGUACGGCAAUAUUGGCCGCGUGGCGGUGGCGGUGGCGGGGGCAGCGACGCCGAGCAGUAUGACGUACGACCGCCAGGCCGUCAACCGGCUAGCGUUGGUGAUGCUGGCGUGUGCGUACGCGGGGCACAGCGAUGCGGAGCUGUACGAAAUGGUUUCGGAGGUUCUACGCAGCGCCGGCGCCGGCGCGCUGGCUGACAAGAGCCUGGCCAACAUCUGUUGGUCGUUGGCGGUUGUGGAUCACCCGGAUUUGGAUCUGCUGGCGGAGCUGUUUGCUGACGUGGCGCGUCGUGACGUGGCGGCGAUGGGUGUACGUGGCUGCACACAGCUUUUCCAUUGCGCGCUCUGGUUGCAGGAUCUCGUUCCGGGGGGCGACCGUGUGGUGGCUCUGCUGCCUCGUGCCGUACUGGAGGUUGGACGAGCUAACUUCCUGGAGCUGGCCAAGGACUCCAAUGUAUCGGAUUUCCAAGCGUAUGUGUUCAAUGCCCUCGACUCCAUGCGACUCUCACCCUCCCUGGAGACCAAGACCCUGGACCAGCUGUUCUCCCUAGACGUGGCCCUGUGCCUGAGCGUCAACGACACCACCAACCCCUCCUACCCGCCCCUCACCACCACGAGCAGUAGCACCGGCGGCAGCAGCAGCAGCAGCAGCAGCACCCCCACUACCGCCGCCAGCUCUAUCUCCGGACACCGGGGGUCCCAACCCCGUCACCCGGAGCAGCCUGAGGUGGUGGUGCGUGUUGUGGUGGAGGCCAACGGCCCUCAGCAUUACCUGCGCACCCACCCCACCGCGCUGGAGGGCAGCACCCGGCUGCGGUCCCGACUGCUGAGAGCCCGUGGCUGGGUGCCGCUGCACGUGCACUGGCAGGAGUGGCAGGACCUGGGGGGGGACGUGCUGCGGCAGCGCCGCUAUCUGAGAGCCAAACUGGGUGAGCUCCUGCAGCAGGAACUGCGGCAGCGGUGGCGGUAG